AGUUGAGCUGGAAGUUUUUCCUCAGGUCUGUCUGAUGAGCCCAGCUCAUUUAGAAAGUUAGAAUGAGCGGACAGACGGUCCCCGCGGACUUCUCGGGACACAUGCUGGACCUGGACGAGGACGAGGACCUGGACGUCUUCACCAAGAACACGUCCCUGGCAGAUGGAAGCCCCAUGCCGAACUCUCCCAGCUCCAUGGUCAACCAGUACAGACUGGAGGAGGACGAGGAGGACCAGCAGGGCGCCUUCACUAAAGACGUCUUCGUCAGCGUUGACAACCCGGAGAGCCAUGUCACCGCCAUCGAGACCUUCAUCAUGUACAGGGUUGUAACCAAGACCACACGGAGCGAGUUUGACUCCAGCGAGUACGACGUACGACGGCGCUAUCAGGACUUCCUGUGGCUCCGCAGCAGACUGGAAGAAAACCACCCAACGCUCAUAGUCCAUCCUCUCCCGGAGAAGUUUGUCAUGAAAGGCAUGGUCGAGCGCUUCAACGACGACUUCAUCGAGACCAGGAGGAAAGCCCUGCAUCGGUUCCUCAACAAGAUCUCUGAGCAUCCCAUCCUGUCCUACAGCCAGCACUUCAAGGUCUUCCUCACUGCACAGGACCUGGCGUCUCAGCGGAAACAGGGUCCAGGCUUCCUGAGCAGGAUGGGGGAGACGGUCAGGGCGGUGGCCAACUCGGUACGAGGCCUCAGGAGCCGGCCGGAGGAGUUCUCCACGAUGCACGACUACAUGGAGAACUUCAGCAACAAGAUCAGCUCUGUGGACAAAGUCGCCCAAAGAAUCAUCAAGGAGCAGAGAGAGUACCUGGACGAGCUGAAGCAGUACAGCCCCACCUACAGCCAGUGGGCGGAGUCAGAGCAGGACCUGGCCGAGCCGCUGAAGGCCGUGGCCAGCUGUGUGGAGCGAUGCAGCAAGGAAACAGAGGAGCAGGUCGAGCACCUGUCUGAGGUCCUGGUGCCCACGCUGCACGAGUACGUCCUCUGUGCAGAGACGGUGAAGGCUGUGAUGAGGCGCAGAGACAACAUCCAGGCCGAGUUCGAAGCCAAGAACGAGGCCCUGAUGUCCAGAAAAGUCGACCAAGAAGCACUACAGGAGGAGGUGGACGCUCUGGGGGACCGGGUGGAGCUGGCCAACAACGCCCUGCGUGGAGACUGGUCCCGCUGGCAGGGCAGCCUGAGAACUGACCUCAGAUCAGCCUUUAUUUCUGCCGCUGAGAAGAACGUGGAGUACUACGAGAAGUGUCUGGCUGUGUGGGAGUCCUUCCUCAUGUCUCAGAGAGAAGAAUCCAGCGAGCAGAAAGGGGAAGAUGCAUCCUAAAACAUGGAUGUUAUCAGGACGUGGAGGUUGCCUCAGCUUCCUGAACACCACGGAGCUACCAGAACCUCCAGCUAAAGACUUUGAACCACUCAAGUAAAAGUGCCUGAUGUAUGAAACAAGCACUCUCUCUCUCUCUCUCUCUCCUUCUUUCUUUCUCUCUCUCUGGCCAAAGAGGUUGAUUCCAGUCUCACCAUUCCAGUGAUGACGUCACUAAAACCAACACUGUGAUCCAAAUAUCUACACGUUAAUGUUUACGCAGAAUCCAUCGCCAAAGCUUCGGGUUCGUCUGGCCUCACUGUGCUUCAUGUGCCUUAAUCGCUUUAUCGUAAAAACAAAUCAGAAUUUAUGUGGUACUCAGUGACACAGCAGAAGGCUUUAGGGAUGUCUAGUCUAGGAUUAGGCCAUGUGGGUUCUCACUGAACCGUAUGAAUCACUUUCAUUUGUUGAAAAUUCGUCAGUUCUUCUGUAUUUAUUCUGAUAAGCAGACGUCAAGGGAGGCGUCCCAACUACUGGUGCCAAUGACCAUUAUCGGUCUCAACUCUGAACCACAUGAGCCAUAACAGGUGAUCCUGAUUCAUCCACUUUCAUGGAUCUCAGUUGAUCAUGUGGAUUGUGUGUGUGUGUCGUGGAAAUGAUUUUAUGAUGCAGCUGAACAGUCAAAAUCAACUCAAGGCAGAAGAUUCUGCUUCCUGACACAGACCAGGAUGUUGUGUAGCUUUAGGACUUGGGCACAGCCAUGGACACACCUUCGUGUCGGGACUUAAAUUGUCUUCUUUCGUUGUUUUCACAACCUUUUUUUGACGGCCGUGUUCCCUGGCAUCGGCCAUUAAAGAGCACAGAGGAAGUGAACCUGUGACCAUGUGCCUCUCACCUUAAGAUCAGGAGCAUCGUACCAGAUUAGUCCCAUGUGUUGCUGCCACGUCGCCCUCUGCUUCAUGAACGUUUCCAGGUUCAUAGAAUCCACAGGCUUUGGUUUCCGGUUUAGCUGUUACAGACUGGAUCGAUUUCAAACACAGCGUCCUGUUUGUACUGCAGCAGAUGCAUGUUUGCUCGCGGAGGUCAGUCGUGCAUCAACCAAGUCAUAAUUUAUAGUCUAACACAGCGAGCAUCUCAACUUUGUCUGAACUUUUAAUUCUACACACCCACCUUUGACUGAAGUAAGUUGUGUUUAUAAUGUCAGUAACUGAGCAGAUUUAAACCAACAGGACGCCACAAACUAAAACGUUUUAUUACCAAAAGGCUGCAGAACUGCAUCACAUAAAGAAAACGUUCAUGUGCCUCUAACGUGUGAGAUCAGAGUGGCUAACACACAGUACUACUGAUCCAGCAUUAACUCUUUGUGGAGAAGCCUUCACUGCUUUAUGAAACCCUCUCAAUGUUUCUGUUGAUCGAUCUGAAGUUUACACGGCUGAUGAGCCACCGGUGAUGUCUUUCUAACCGAAUGCCUUAAUGAUCUUUUUAUACUCACGUCAUCUUUUUUCUCUCUUUCUUAUCGUUGUAUGUAAUAUGUAAGAAAAAAAUAUUGACAUGAUAAUAAAGACGGCCUGUAAAUUG